CCUCCAGCCUUACAAUGUUGAGAAGGUGGGAGGCAUAGGCUGAGACCAUCUGACAGACAGGUAAGCUGAGGCUGGCAGACAUGGGUGGAGCCCAUCACAUGAGCUGGACUUAGAGCACGUGACCUGUUCUCCCCUCAUGGCUGCUGCAGUCUGCCAGCCAUACCCUCUCACUCACCCCUCCACAGAUGCAGCAAGCUGGGCCCGAGAACACCCCAGCCACCUUGACGUACCACCCAACAUCUACAAAGGAGGUCUGGGUGCUCAGCAGCAGCAGUGCCCCAGCGCCCAGAAGCCCAAGAACUUCCGGCUAUGCCACCUGCAGGGCCUGGCUCCCUACCUGCCAGGCCACGUGCAGCCCACUGGCCAGCGUAAGAGCCACUGGCUAGGCCGGCUCAUGACCAGGGACUGCCCACUACAGCCCAAGGGCAUGGCCUGGACCCUGGAUCUGCCACAGGAGACUCUGAGCCCACCUAACAGCCACUGCUCAGCCCUUCUGGUAGCUCAACUGCCCAGGGACAACCAGACUAGCUCCCAGUUCCGGCACAGACCCAGCCAAGGGUGCCCCCUCCCAAAUGCUUGGGGCUCAGGCCCAAGAGAUCCCGGAGGGCCUUGGAGGAGUCCGCGUGUCCCUUGUGCAAGAGGACCCACUCUGGGGCACUGGAGGGGCCGUAGCAAUGGAGUGCCUGCUGGUGUCCCCAGGGAGGGGUGCAGAUGCCAGCAGGAGGGGCAGGCUGGUCCCCAAGAAGAAUGGCUAUGCCCCACCAGCAGCCCCUCACACCGAGGUGCCCCAGCAGCUGCCCAGCACCAGAGCCUGGCCAGCCUCAGGAAGGCUUGAGAAGGUGGAGGAGGAAGUCCUGUGGGAGAAAUCGAAGCCUGGGCGUGUCCUUGCAGCCUGCUCCCACUCAGGUCGGCCACUUGUACCUGGGAGGCUGAGCUGAGGAGAGUGGCUCCCGAGAGGCUGGGAAGCUGCGGGUCUGCCCCCAAUAAAAGCCAAGGCUGUCGCAUGCUGCUCAUGCAGUAUGUCAUUGGGCUGAUCUGACACCAAGCCCCUUGGCACCUGCGUUCUGAGAGCCACAUUUGGAGUCAGGCCCAGGGGUUCUGAGAUGCUCCCACCCUUACAUGAAGAGGGAGCCAUCCUCCUCUCGGUGGGACUCCCAGAAGGCUUCUGGGUGGGCAGGGU